UCUAUUCUACUGUACAGUACUAUAUGGUACCUUCCGAGUGCGUGCAGUGAAGCGGUCAGCGCGGUUCUUCACUUCAGCUUCAGAUUCCUUGGACUUCAGAAGAACCUGAAUAACUCGAACAACUAUACUAAGAACAGUUCAAAACGAGACGAGAAAACUUCAUUGAAAGAACGGUAGCCCGAAGACUUCUCAUAAACUUCUCAUUGCUGUGAAAAAUUAUGUUUGGAGGAGUGACAGAAAUCCUCCAUGUGUUCUGUGUGGCGGCGAGGAAUGGCCGCGCGCUCCAGUGAUGGACUCUGCCUGGACAGAUUCUCAAAGAAAACAAACUGCAAGACUUCCAUAAUAGACCAAUCGCUGUUGCCUGAUCCCUGCGUCUAGGCUCAGGGUUCAAAGGCAAAGCCGCCCCAACAUGCUUUCCAACCAGUCAUGCGAGAACAUCACCAGCAUCGAGGAGAAUGGGAAUCCGGUGCCGAGCACUGUGAUGUUCAUCGCUGGAGUGGUCGGCAACCUAACUGCUCUAGCUAUCCUGGGAGUCCAUCAGAAAGAGCGUCGCACCAAGUCUUCGGUCUUCUGUAUCCUUGUCACAGGCUUGGCUCUGACGGACCUGCUGGGAACAUGUUUACUCAGUCCUCCGGUUUUCAUCUGCUAUGCCUACAGAACAUCACUGGUGGGUCUGACUGGAGAUCAGAGGCUCUGUGGACUCUUCGCCUUCGCCAUGACCUUCUUUGGUUUGGCCUCUCAGCUCAUCCUAUGUGCUAUGGCAGUAGAGCGAUGUCUCGCCAUCAGCCACCCAUACUUCUACUCCAAACAUGUGCGGCGAAGCUUUGCUAAAAUCAUCCUCUUUCUCAUCUAUCUCUUUACCUUCAUGUUCUGCUUGAUGCCUUUCUUCGGGUAUGGCCGGCACAAGCAGUACUGUCCUGGGACGUGGUGUUUCAUCAAGAUGGAGGCAGUAGGAGAGGGCGAUGAUGAGGAGAGAAGAACGUUAGCCUUCUCGCUGUCCUACGCCGUGCUCAUGGCACUGCUCAUCGCCAUUGUGUUCAUGUGCAAUGGUUCAGUCAUCGUGAGCUUGUGUCGGAUGCACCGGAGCCAGCUUACACGUCGGGGCUCAGUGGUGUCGGCUGGACGCAAGAGAAGGCUGAGCACCUGGUUUGGACAGGGAGAGGAGGAGAUGGACCAUUUAGUGCUGCUGGCAUCCAUGACCUUCAUCUUCGUCAUUUGCUCCUUGCCGCUGACUAUCUGUGGCUUUGUGAAUGCCAUUAGUCCAGUUGGGAAUGAUCAGCAGAAUCUAUUAGCUUUCCGCUUCACUGCAUUUAAUCCUAUCUUGGACCCUUGGAUCUUCAUCAUCUUCCGUAAGGCGGUCUUCCACCACAUCCGGGCUCUGUUCCGCUGCUGCUUCCCUGGAGAAGCAGUGAAGACCACAGUUCAAAGCUCCCAAGAGCUUAAGACGGAAGACAUUAAACAUAGCUCCAGCAUCCAGAGCAAGAUCUACCACAGCCUCCCCCAGUAAGACCUUCAGGAGCGAUGAAGGGACUUUUUAAGAAGCCUGAAAAGACUGCAUGAAUGUGUCGAGUGGUGCCAAGAACCAAGAAUAAAAGCAUCAGAGGACAUUGUUUAAAUGGACAUUUCGUGACUAAUGUCUAUUCCUAAACAUGCUCUUUUUUGCAGUGUAAUGGAGACCAGUCAGAAGGAAAUCUUGUUAGUAUGCCCAACUCAAGACUCUUGUUGGCAAGAAAUCCGCUUGAAUGAAGGUCAAUGGUUGGGGUUAUUUGGUGCCAUGACCCGGAUGUAAGAGGAGAUUAUUGUGCAAAAGAGGCCAGCUAGUAGCAACUGAGGAAACUUUGCCAGUGCACUAGACAGGCCGGGUAGAACCACAGGGGUGAGAUUGUUUCCAUAGCCCAGAUAGGAGUAUGGUUUAGGAAGGUGUAUAGGACACCACCUAGUAGGAAUCCUGGUGAGUAAACCUCACUUCCUUGGCCUCACAAGAUGCAUAGAUUCUUUACUAUCUAGUGUAUCCUGGUAUAAUGUAUCCCUUAUCCCAAUGACAGUGCUUUUAAAGUAACUUGGAGGCAAGGAAGUCCAACCAGAGGACUAAGAUUGUUGCUAGAGGGCUGUAAGGUACUGUAAAUGGUUAGGCUUACCAGCUAUUCAACUGUGUGAUUAAACAGCUUUAGCAGCGGACAUUUGCGUUUACGCUGACUAGUGACCUUGUAAAAUUUUCCUGCUCCCAUGCUAGAGGUGAAGGUUCAAAUCUUGCUGAGAUGGUAAAAAAAGCUGAACCAAACUGGUACAGGUGUAAGUGAGGUAUAGGAAAUGUUGUUAAUGCCAGCUAGAAAGAGUUGAGCAAGUAAACCUCACUUCCCUGCCUCAAGAGACAUGAUAGUUAAUGAUGGCAGCUGCACCGUUUAGUGUGCUUCCUCCCAUGCUGGUUCCAACCCCGCUCAAAAUUAUGCAAGCUUGUCCGUAAGAGUUACUCAUGUAAACCACAGAAUUCAAGUGCGCAACUUGUGCCGAAAAUAAUGACAAAUGAACAGGGAAGAUGCAAACAUUUUGGCAACUACCACACAAACCACAUGAUUGUGAAAGCAGCCUGUUUCUUGAGAUCCAGUUCACCAAUAGCUACUAUGUACAAUCAUGAACAUUUAGGACUUAUUCACUAAUAGAUUACUGGAAAGGGAAGACUUAAUAAUUCAUAGCAGAGCCGCUGGAUGUAUUACCACAAGUUAUUAAUGACAUGCAACCAAGAUACAGAGUCAGAAAACAAUGAAUAGGCGACAUUACAUCAUUCAGACUCUAGAUUAAUAUCUUUUUAAAAUCGACACACUUUAUGAAACCUUCUUUCAACCAAAAUCACAGGGCACACAUCCCAGCAAGCAUUUUUGUUUUUGUUUUUAAAAGAUAUGUAAUAGAUGUCUAAUAGACGUUUAAACAUAGUCAUCUUGGCUAAAACAAUGCUAAACUUGGGCGGUCAGUGAAAAUCUAAUAGACAUCUAAGAAUAGGCCAGACUAGACUAGUCAUCAAAUAAACAGAAAUGAAUGACUACACAUACUCUGUCUAAUCUAUUUUUGGGCUAUUCUUAGACAUCUAUUAGAUUUUUACUGACGGCCCAAGUUUAGCCUUGUUUUAGCCAAGCUGUCUAUGUUUAGAUGUCUAUUAGACGUCUAUAAAACAAAAAAUUGUUUGCUGGGAUAUGUGCAAUGUAUGAGCUGGCAUGUUACAGCAAGUUGUUUAGCAGCAGACAACCAAUUGUGAAUAAAAAAAGUGUUGAUUUUCCUAAUGCUAGGGAAGCAGUUAAAGCAUCGAAAAUUCAA